UGAAGGUCAAAAAGAAAAGCCAACUGCAACUCUGUCUCCACUCUGCUAGAAAAAAAUGUCCUUGCAAAAGCCAGCAUCGCAGCGCAUGGCGGGCGGCAGCCGCAGCAACUCCUCGGCGGGCUCCGCCGCGUCGUUUUCCACCCGAAGCAGCAAACGCGGCGGCGCGACCACAAUGGACCACUUGUCCCACCUUGCGGACAACCACAAAGCCGCCGCAAAAGGGCCUACUGGGAAUCUCGGCUUUGUCAACUGGCCGUGCCGGCACUUGGCGAAGGGAGAGUACUUCAACAAAAGCGUGCUCUUUGCGCUGUCCACCAGACCACACCACUUGGGGCGGGAUCGGCUUUUAGCAACGGACCAGCGGCCUUCGGAUCAGGAGUUGACUUGUGUAGAGUACAAAAAGAAGGACGAGAUGACCAGCGACUUUCAGCUGAAGCUGGACCAAUGCGUUCUGGUAUACUUUUCUUGUGCAUGAUCUUGAUCACUUGAAUUAGACUUUGCCCUUAAGCGUGCCCCCUUUGAUGUGGCCACGCACGGCACUAAGUUGUAAGCGCAACAAGCCUAACAAGUAAAACUCUACUUACCUCACAAAAUAUUGAAGUCUGUCACCAAGGUCGAAGUCAACCCUGACGGUCCUGCUUUUGCAGCGGGUGUGACCGAGGGCUACCAACUCGUGUUCGUGGAUGGGAAACGUGUGAAACACAUGGACGUGUUUGAAGCGCUGGAGAAACUCGAAAAAUUCCCCUGCAAACUCGGGUUCGUGUCCCCGUUGGCAGAGCCGCCAAACCUGUCGGACCGGCAGGUCGCGCAGCGGCUCGGCAUGAACUACGUGAAGCAGAAGAUGCUGCACAAAGCCACGGAACUGAUGGAGGACAUCGCGGAAAAGGAGGGGGAUAGUUUCAAACUCACCUUCAAAAAGUUCCGCACUGUAAUGCAAAAUGCAGGCAUUCUCUGGCUGGAGAAGAAAGAGCUCCGCGACCUCUUCGACGGGCUGGACCGCGACGACAGCGGGUCGGUGGACUUGGACGAAUGGAACCUGGGCGUCGCGGACAAACUGAUUUUUGAUGAUAAGUUUUCCAAACUCAUCAAGGGCGUGAACCGGCACCACAUCCGCGACGCGUCGUAUUUCCUCGAAAUGACCCUGAAAAAAAAGAAGUCCCGGAUGGUCACCUUUGCCGAGUUCGCGUCCGGCUUGUUCAAGGGGGGGAUUACUUGGCUCACCCGGCAGCAGCUGCAGUGGAUGUUCGAGUUUGUGGAUGAAGACAACAGCAAGCUGAUCUCCUUUCCCGAGUGGGCGGCGCGCUUCCAGUUCGACAUCAUCGAGGCGGCGCACGAAGUGCAGCGGUAUUUGGAAAACUACAAAAACGGCAACAAGAAAAAGAACCCGAUUCCGGACGAGAUGGAUUUGGAUUUGUUCAUUCUCACCCUCCACGACAGCGGCGUCACGUGGUUGGCGGAGGAACAGAUCACCCAGCUGUUCAUCAUGAUCGAUCGAGACAAAAGCGGGAUCAUAACCCCGCAGGAACUGAAGCAGAUCGGCGAUUUGGUGGAUCAGUACUACGAGGUUCGGGCGAGCAUGCGGAAGAGCAUGACGUUCAAUACCACAAUCUCUUCCAGGAAAUCUAUGCAAGGAUCAGCAGGGGAGCUGCAAACGGAAGAAGGAAAGGAGCCACUCGGCUGGUCGCAGGAACCGGGGCCGCCGACCAAGCAAGCAAUCGAUGGUGAUUUGUUUGUGGACAAAGCGCUCACCGGUCAUGAUGUCGACCCUUCGAAACCGACGCCCCGCACCGCGUACGCGUUUGACGAAGUAGCGCAGGACAUUUUGGCCGACGUUGUGCCCCCGAUAGAAACGGCGGACGAAAGCGUCCACUCGGUGGACAGCAUCGAGAACCGGAUGUCGGGCGAUAUCUCUCGGGACAUCAUGGCGGUGACUGUCGAGCAGAAAGUGCAGCAGGUCGCGAGCAGUGCCUGUUCCGCCGAGGAAGUGGUUGAUGAAGACGAAAUACCGAAAGACGGUCAGCACGUGUGGGAAGGGAAAAGCGCGACGGAGUCCGACUUCUACAGCAGCAACUUCGAAAUGACAGGAGAGCAAGCGGGUCUGCUCGCUCUGACCCGCUCGCCGGACAAAAGAAGUUCGUUUGCACCAAUAGGCGAGAACAAUUUGGACUUCGACGCGAAGCAAAGCGAAUCCGCAUCCGCGGCCGAGGAGUUGACAAACGCACUGCUGUCCAACAGUAUCACCGGGCACGUCAGGGAGGAGACCGGCGCGGGUCUCUUCGGCUUGCUGGAACAAGAUUUAAAGCCGCUCCAUUUCCCGAGCACGCACGACCAACGGGCGGCGGGUGGAACCGAAGUCAACGUUGGGAUCGCGAGCGCAACCUCCUCCAUCGCGGACAAGGACAGCGAAGGAGGAAAUAAACGUCACCGCUACAACGCGGAAGUAAUCGUUUCCGGCAGCGAAGUUUCCUCCGAGGGCGCGGACCCGAAAAGCGGGCCAGAUGACGAAGAUGAGGAGCAUUCUAGGUUGUUAGAAGCGAUCUCCGGCACACUCGGCUCCCCGCGUGGUGCGGCGGCGAAGACGGAGCCGCUGGCGCUGAUGGAGAGCAGCAGGACAGACGAGCGACAACCAGGUGGGAAUAAUGCUUUGUCCUCUUCUGUUUCGUCCUCUUCCGACGGCGCAAAUAGAGGACAACAACUCCUCGGACUACAACCACCAGUAGCGGAUGCGAGCAGACGGAACAGCGACAUUGACCCGCCAGAGUCGUACAUUUUCAACGAAGUUCCGUCUUCCAGUGCCGUUUCUUCUGUCGUCGGCGAGGGCGACGCGCUGGAUUCUCUGCUUGUCGGGUUCGGGGAGAAGAAAACUUCUGCCGUUCCAGCAGCAGAAGAACUGCAUACUGAUGAAAACGAGGACGAAAUGAAUAGCCACACUGCUUUCCAAAACAUCGACGCGUCGGCCUCCUCCUCGAAGGAGAUUGCCACGAUUGAAGAAGCACAACAUCAAAACCUUCAACCGACGCCACGGGAGGCAGAGCCAGGGUUUUUGUCUUCCUCGAGCGACGAGCACCACGGGUUCCACCACGACCCCGAGGCAGAGGAGAACAAGAAGCACGACCCAUUUUCAAUUCUGUCCUCGGAGGAAGAGCAGCACGAAAAUGUGCAGGAAGAUGAACAUCCAGAUAUCCACACGGAAAUCGACUCCAGCCAGCACUCAGCGACGCUGGAUUUGCGACAAGGCACAGAAAUAUUACCUGCAGGAGCUGUACCAACGCCUGCUCAAGAGCCCCCACCUGAAACUACAGUGGCGGCUACAAAUAGUAAUAUCGCUGAGGCCAUUCCGCUCGUCGCGGACGACACUUCGCUCGAUGCCGCGACGCAGCGCACGACGAAGGAAACUACGAACAACGAGAGCAACGCCGUAGAUCCGCCGACGGAGCAAGAAGCUGUUGAUAUACCAGGCACAGAACGCGCACUCGAACAAAGCGCAGCUGCCAUCAACAAGGGAAAAGCUGCUGAGCCAGAGCCAGCGUCGUCCGCAGUGCCACCGGCAAUACAGCACGAGGUGAGCAAGGAACCGCCCGUAUCUAGUUCCUCCUCCGAUCGAGGAAGGAACGCGGAGCGGAAAAACGCAAACAAAAACUCUGACUUUGCGGAAGACGAACUUUCUGAGGAGGAUAUCCUCGACUCAGGACACGCAAAUCACAGUGACAACGAAAGUGAUCCAUGGCGUUGAAGCCGGGAAGGGGGUAAUAAUAAAUUAUCUGUACCAGAGACGGUAAUCAGUACGAAAUGAUGAUCGCCACGCCGGUCAUUUAUGGAGGAAAAACGUCGAGCAAAAUUCGAUGUUUUCUCAUUUCGAUUCAGCAAAUCAUCGGUCAUCAAUGUUGUCGGGUUUGUGUCAUCUUGCUACUCGGUCCGCGAUGGUUAUCUAUCAUGGUGGUGCUGUCUUCUUUGCCUGGUCUUCAUCCCUAUUUGCGUCUGCAUCGAAGCGAUCUCAAAACUUUUUCCGCAAAUGCAAACUGUGAGAGCCUGUCACAACAAACUGCCUCAAAUGCUUCCCUUGAUAUCGGUUGCACGAUUCGUGGUUUAUUUAGCAAGCACUGCAAACUGAAUUAUGCAUCGUGAUACGAGCUUAGUUCGG